CGGCACCUGGCACCUGUGGCGGCCGCAGGAGCAGCGCUUCCCCCGCCUGUGCGGCCCCGGCGGGCGAGAGGGCAGCCAUGAGCUCCAGCCGCCCCGAGCCGGGUCCCUGGGCACCCCUGAGCCCCCGCCUUCAGCCCCUGUCCCAGAGCUCUUCCAGCCUGCUGAGUGAAGGCCGGGGACAGAGGCCAGAGCUCCGCAAGACUGCCAGCAGCACCGUGUGGCAGGCCCAGCUGGGUGAGGCCAGCACCAGACCCCAGGCCCCGGAGGAAGAGGGGAACCCGCCUGAGAGCAUGGAGCCGGCACGGGCCUCUGGCCCUGAGGCGCGACCCAGUGCUGGAGGCCACUGGCGGAGCAGCACUGUGGGCAAUGUGUCCACCAUGGGCGGCGGUGACCUGUGUCGCCUGCGGGCCCCUAGUGCUGCUGCUAUGCAGAGGAGCCACUCGGACCUGGUCCGUAGCACCCAGAUGCGGGGACGCAGUGGUGCUCGGAAGGCCAGUCUCAGCUGCUCAGCCCUUGGCAGCAGCCCUGUCCACAGGGCUCAGCUGCAGCUGGGUGGUACUUCUGGCCAGGGUGGCCAGGCCCCUGCAGGCCUGGAAAGGGACCUGGCUCCUGAGGAUGGGACUUCUAACUCAGCCUGGAUGCUGGGGGCGAGUCAGUUGUCGGUGCCACCACUAGACCUGGGGGACACAACUGCCCACAGCGGCAGUGCCCAGGCUGAGCCCAAAGCUGCCGAACAGCUGGCUACCACCACCUGCCAUGCUCUGCCCCCAGCUGCUCUACUCUGUGGCAUGAAGGAGGUGGGGGCUGGUGGCUGCUGCCAUGCCCUACCUGCCACAGGGAUCCUGGCCUUUCCCAGACUAGUGGCGUCAGUGAGCGAGUCUGGGUUGCAGGCUCAGCAUGGGGUGAAGAUGCACUGUAGGUUAUCUGGGGGGCUCCCUGGGCACUCCCAUUGCUGUGCCCACCUUUGGGGUCCCGCCGGGUUAGUCCCAGAGCCUGGCUCUAGGACCAAAGAUGUGUGGACCAUGACCUCAGGCAAUGACUUGGCCCCUGCAGAGGCAUCCCCGCUGUCAGCCCAGGAUGCUGGUGUGCAGGCGGCCCCAGUGGCGGCCUGCAAGGCUGUGGCCACCAGUCCGUCCCUGGAAGCGCCUGCGGCCCUGCAUGUGUUCCCACAGGUAACUGUGGGGUCUAGCCUGGAGGAGGCACCGUCCCCUGUGCGGGAUGUGCGAUGGGAUGCUGAGGGCAUGACAUGGGAGGUGUACGGAGCUGCGGUGGACCCGGAGGUGCUCGGUGUGGCCAUCCAGAAGCACCUGGAGAUGCAGUUUGAGCAGCUGCAGCGGGCGCCCGCCAGCGAGGACAGCCUGUCUGUGGAGGGCCGGAGGGGGCCACUGCGGGCUGUCAUGCAGUCCCUGCGGCGCCCCAGCUGCUGCGGCUGCUCCAGCGCGGCCCCCGAGUGAGGAGCUGUGGCCCUUGGAGCUGGCCUGGGCCCACUGACUUGGUCCUAGACCUGGGCCAGGGACGGUGGGGGCUCCGUGCCCCCUGGACCCACCGGCAGCUGGGCACAUCUCUCACCUGAACAUCGGCUGCCUCCAGACCACAGGACUGAAGCCUGGGGCUUCCUGCCUCACGCAGCUGGGCUGUUUUCUUAAGGGCUUGAUUUCUAAGGGCCACAUCUCUGCACCUUCCGGGCUCUGAACUUUGAGACAGGGCUUUAGCACUGUGCA